AUGAAAUCGGGGAAGGAUAAAAAUAAACAGAAAGAGGAUGCACAUUUGUUGAAGGCAAAAGAACUUAGGGAUAAAAUUGAAUCUCUAAAAGAUGACUUAGCCGAAAAAGCCAAACUUAUCAACACGCUAAAGGAGCAAAGAGAAAACAAAAUUCAAAACAUUAAACAGCUGGAGGUAGAAAAUAAAGCGAACUAUGAGCAGUUCCUAACUGAAUACCAACAAAUCUUAAAUCAGUACAGAAGCAUCGAACGGGAGAUCCUCGACGUGUUAGCCGAUUUGAAAGUCCUCUCCGAAAGAUCAUACAGUGAAAUAUUAGAACUUAGACAAGAGAAAGACAACAUUCUCGUGAACAAAAACUUAAUCCUUGAGGAAAAAAAAAAAGAAUUUCAAAGAUCGAUGGAAAAGGUUGCGCUGGAAGUCGCCAAGCAUUCGAGCAUGCUCAACGACGUUCUUUUGAAAACAGAAGAAAUUUUUAAAAAAACCCAUGUCCAAUAUCAGCACGAGGCAGACCUAAAACCGCUGCUAAUAAGAUUGCAAAGUAUUGGCAAAUGA